AAGUUUGCGCGUGGUUUAAGGUUCAAGGCUCCUCUGCUCCUCAAAAUCGUAUUUUUAUUUUGUUGCUUGUCCACCAGUUCCCCUCCCUCAAAAAAAGAACAAUUACAUUUCAAUUUAUUUUACAAAGAAGAAACACAAGAGAAAGAGGAAAAAAAUAAUUGGGAAAAAAAGAAAAUCAGUUUGGAGUGUGUUGAAGCCAAAAGGGGAAAAUACCUUGAAGGAUUUUGUUAUGCAGUUUGGCGCCUGGUGUUCUGAUAAUUUAUUAAACAUUUUUUUUGUUUUGUUCCAAUGGUGAAUUAGUGAUCUCUUUGAUGUUUUCUUUGGGCGACUUUGCAAUAGAGGAAAAAAAAGAAGAGGAAGCCUAGGCAGAAAGCCAAAGAAAAUCAAGUUGAUAUCGGCUCAAGGAAAAUUGUCUUGGAGGAUAUUUUGGUUUAUGUUUGUCGUUUUCUCGACAGAUUGUUUCCUGAAGGGAUUUUAUUUUUAAUUCUCUCUCCUCAGGACUGGUAAUGUGGGGGAAGAAAGCGGACAGUUUCAUCUUCCCGUGAUAUCAUCGAGUUAAAAGGAAAUAUAAAUAUAUGAAAGGAGUUUGAAUAUGAUAUAAAAGAGAAGGAAAUGAGGGCUUUCUUGCACUGGGGACUUUGCAGUGAAGCUACAAGCUUUACAACUCCAAUGUGAUUUCCAGAGCUUUUAUUUUGCAGAAGACAAUUGAGGAAGAUUUCUUCUGCUGCUGUGGAAAAAUUAAUCCACCAGAAACAAAAUAAAGGAGAGGGGAGUUUUUUUUUAUUUCCUUGUUCUCCCCAACAAUCUCGCCAAAAAAGAUUUUGUGGACACGGGUUGAAAAAAUACAGAUUAUUCCCCCACCCUCAUAGACAGAAUGAAGAAUUUGUUCCAAUUUAACUGUCAAGAUCACUUUAUUUAAUAUUUGUUCAGAGACGAUUCAAGAAAAUUUCAUUUGGAGGGGUCCCUAAAAUAGUUGUUAUUCUUUGAGAGAUUACUUUCUUUUGAAAAAAGCUGCCAGUUCGAAGUGCUGUCCCAAAAACAACUUUUAUUAGGCUUGCUGUACAUCCCUGAGUUUUAUUUUGGUUUUUAUUCAGUUAUAUCCAAGGCCUGUGUGCUUGUGGGGACCGUGGGUUUUGAUUUUGAUCUGCACCAGGAGAAUUCCAGUUCCAGGAUGGGGAGGAAGACUUUGAUACCAGCCAUGGUGACCCUCUUCAUCCUGGCCAAUAUUGGCCCAACAGAACCAAAAGUUUGUCAAAGCAUAGAUAUUCGAAACAACAUUACACACUUGCAGCAGCUGAGAAACUGCACUGUCAUCGAGGGAAGUCUGCAGAUCCUGCUGAUGUUUGGCACCAAACCCGAGGAUUUCCGUGGUCUGAGCUUCCCAGAGCUCACAAUGAUCACGGAUUACCUGCUCCUCUUCCGCGUCUACGGCCUGGAGAGCUUGAAAGAUCUCUUCCCGAACUUGACUGUGAUCCGUGGGACGAGGCUCUUCUUCAACUAUGCUCUGGUGAUAUUUGAGAUGCUGCACUUCAAGGAGAUUGGUCUGUACAACCUUGUGAACAUCACCCGGGGCGCAGUGAGGAUUGAGAAGAACCCAGAGCUCUGCUACCUGUCCACUCUUGACUGGUCGAAGAUUCUGGACUCGGUGGAGGACAAUUACAUAAAGUCGAAUAAAGAUGACAGAGAGUGCGGUGACGUGUGUCCAGGCGCCUUAAGGGGGAAAAGCAACUGUGCCCAGACUGUAUUCAACGAUCAGUUUAACCAUCGAUGUUGGACAAGUGAACACUGCCAAAGAGUCUGUUCCUCUGAGUGCCGUCGAAAAGCCUGUACCCCCAGUGGCAAGUGCUGUCAUGACGAAUGCCUGGGCAGUUGCACAGAGCCUGGCAACGCAGCAAAGUGCGUGGCAUGCCGACGGUACUACUACAAUGGUGUCUGCAUCCCCGAUUGCCCACCCGGCACCUACAAGUUUGAGGGCUGGCGUUGCGUCACCUUCUCCUUCUGUCAGAUGCUGCACAAUGAAUGCAAACCUUCCAAGGAGACUGAGUGCACUCGAUAUGUUAUCCACAACGGAGAGUGCAUGCCUGAAUGUCCUUCGGGAUAUAUAGUGAAUUCAUCCAGCCUGCUCUGUGAACCUUGUACGGGGUUGUGUCCAAAAAUUUGCUCGGUGAAUGUAAAGACCAUCGAAUCGGUGACAGCUGCUCAAGAGCUGCGAGGUUGCACCAUCAUCAAAGGCAGCUUGGUCAUCAAUAUCCGUGGAGGAACUAACAUUGCAGCAGAGUUGGAAGCAAACCUGGGUCUCAUCGAGGUGAUCAGUGGGUACCUGAAGAUUCGUAGCUCCUAUGCUUUGGUGUCGCUGUCAUUCUUUCGUAGCCUGAGGUUGAUCCAAGGUGAAGCUCUGGAACCUGGGAAUUACUCCUUCUAUGUAUUGGACAAUCAGAACCUACAGCAACUGUGGGAUUGGAAGAAGCACAAUCUGACUAUCUCCCAGGGCAAGAUGUUUUUUCACUUCAACCCCAAGCUGUGUCUAUCUGAAAUCUACAAGAUGGAAGAGGCAACAGGGACUAAAGGCCGGCAGGAGAAAAUGGAUAUUGCUCAGAAAACGAAUGGAGACCAGGCAUCCUGUGAAAGUCAGCUCCUGAGGUUUGUUUCCAAUAAAACGGGGACGGAUAAAAUUAUGUUGAAAUGGGAGCCAUACUGGCCACCGGACUUCAGAGAUCUCUUGGGUUUCAUGGUAUUCUUCAAGGAAGCCCCUUAUCAGAACGUGACGGAGUUUGAUGGACAGGAUGCCUGUGGGUCAAAUAGCUGGAAGGUUGUUGAUGUAGAACCCCCUGGACGGUCAGAAGGGAAGCUCCAGAACCCGGGCACUCUGCUUCGUGGCCUCAAACCCUGGACGCAGUAUGCAAUCUUUGUGAAGACCUUGCUCACGAUAAGUGACGAGCAACAUAAUCAUGGAGCUAAAAGUGAGAUUGUCUACAUCCGCACCACAGCAGGCACUCCUUCAGUCCCGUUGGACCCCAUAUCUGUGUCCAACUCUUCUUCUCAGAUCAUUCUAAAGUGGAAGCCUCCAACAGAUCGCAAUGGGAAUAUCACCCACUACCUGGUGUUCUGGCAACAGCAGCCAGAGGACAGUGAACUGUAUGAGUUUGAUUACUGCCAGAAGGGUUUAAAGUUGCCAUCUCGAGCGUCUACAACACACGCUGAUGCGGAGGACAACCAGCAGCGAAACCAGACCGAUGCGAAUCACAUCCCUGGUGAAUGCUGUGCAUGUCCAAAGACUGAAUCGCAGCUUAAACGAGACGCAGAGGAGGCUGCCUUCCAGAAGACAUUUGAAAACUACCUGCACAAUGAGGUUUUUAUGAUCAGACCUACACCUCAAGAGAGUGGUACUAAGGACAGUAGACCCUCGCGAAAACGUAGGGAACUGGGAAUCUUUUCAAACAGCAGUGCCCAGGAAGUGACCACGUCCAGCUCUGUAGGCAAUGUGUCUGCUACAAAAUGGCCAGAGGAGGAAUAUCCAAAAUUAUUGGAGAAGGUGUGGAUGAAAGAGUCCCUGGUAAUCUCCAACUUGCGCCAUUUCUCAGGAUAUCGAAUUGAAAUCCAUGCCUGCAACCAUGAAGUGGAAACCGGAGGAUGCAGUGUUGCAGCCUAUGUCAGUGCAAGGACUAUGCCCGAAGCAAAUGCUGACGACAUUGUGGGUCCAGUCACAUACGAGGUAAUCAAUAAAGUGGUUCAUAUCAAAUGGGAGGAGCCAAAGAAUCCGAAUGGUCUCAUUGUGUUGUAUGAAGUUCUUUACAAGCGUCUUGUAGACUCUGAGGAGACGCAACAGUGUGUGUCCCGUAAAAGGUACCUUAACGAGCUAGGCUGCAAACUGAAGGUACAUCAUCCUGGGAACUAUACAGUAAAAGUACGAGCCACAUCACUGGCUGGAAACGGCUCUUGGACAGAGCCAAUCUCUUUCUGCAUUCAGGAUUCAAAUGCCAAACAUGACAGUGACUUCUAUAAGAUAAUUGGCCCAAUCAUCUUCAUUGCUGUGCUGGUCAUUCUAGUUCCAGUUGUCCUACUGGUGGUGAAGAAAAGACGAACAGAAGGACCAACUGGAAUCUUCUACACUUCUUCAAAUCCAGAGUACAUCAGUGCCAAUGAUGUCUAUGUUCCAGACGAGUGGGAGGUUUCGCGCGAUAAAAUCGAGCUUCUGAGGGAGCUGGGCCAAGGCUCCUUCGGGAUGGUCUAUGAGGGGAUUGCCAAGGAUAUAGUGAAGGGUUGUCCAGAAACCCGUGUGGCAGUGAAGACAGUGAAUGAGUCAGCCAGCCUGCGGGAGCGUAUUGAGUUCUUGAAUGAGGCAUCCGUAAUGAAGGCAUUCAGCUGUCACCAUGUGGUGCGUUUACUUGGCGUUGUAUCGAAGGGUCAGCCAACGCUGGUUGUCAUGGAGCUGAUGACUCACGGUGAUCUGAAGAGCUACUUGCGAUCCUUACGACCAGAUGCCGAGAAUAACCCAGGGCGCCCGCCGCCAACUCUAAAGGAGAUGAUUCGGACAGCAGCUGAGAUUUCAGAUGGUAUGGCUUAUCUGAAUGCCAAGAAAUUUGUCCACAGAGACUUGGCAGCUCGCAAUUGCAUGGUGGGAGAGGAUUAUACGGUGAAAAUUGGAGACUUUGGAAUGACCAGAGACAUCUAUGAGACAGACUACUAUCGGAAAGGUGGGAAGGGAUUGCUCCCUGUCCGGUGGAUGGCUCCAGAGUCUUUGAAGGAUGGAGUUUUUACCACAUAUUCCGACGUUUGGUCUUUUGGCGUUGUGCUUUGGGAAGUCAGCACUCUAGCAGAACAGCCAUAUCAAGGACUGUCAAAUGAACAGGUUCUUAAGUUUGUUAUGGAUGGAGGCUUUUUGGAUCGACCAGAUAACUGCGCAGAUCGAUUACAUACCCUGAUGCAGAUGUGCUGGCAGUACAAUCCAAAAGCAAGGCCCACUUUCUUGGAGAUCAUUGAGAUGCUGAAGGACGAUCUCCACCCGAGUUUUCAAGAUGUCUCAUUCUACUACAGUGAGGACAACAAGCCACCAGACACAGAGGAGUACGACAUGGAUUUUGAGAACAUGGAAAGCAUUCCACUUGAUCCGUCUUCUUACUCACAGACAGAGACCCCCCUGAGUCACAGCCGGGACAAUGGCCCCACCAUGGGUCUCAGAGGCAACUAUGAUGAACACAUACCAUACACACACAUGAACGGAGGGAAGAAGAACGGGCGAAUAUUGUCCUUGCCAAGGUCAAGCCCUUCAUAACAUUUCUUUUACCUCCCAUUUCUUUCUGAAUUUUAGUUGUUGGGCCCUUAGAACCUUGGGACCCAACUAAGGCUGCCACAGUUUGCUACACAAGGAAAGGACCUUUGCCUUUGUUUAAAACAAAUAUUUUUUUUCUGUCAAGUGGCUGGUUAUAAAUGAAUCAAACUGUGAAGAAACAAAACACGCAUUCUAUAACAGUAGAAACAUGUACACGUACACAUGUGCCUACAUAACAUGUACAGACAUAACAUUGUGCAAAUGUGUGUACACACCCAUACAGUUCAACACCUUUUAUUUCUGAUACACAGGCACGAUUGCACAUGCCCAAGCGCUCACACACAACACACACACGUACAUAGACAUGCACACACUUACACGUGUGUACAUAGACACACAAAAACAAAAUCAUAUCAGUGAAGCAUUUCCAAGGCUGCUAUCAACAUUGCUGUGGUUCCUAGCCAGGAAGUGACCUUUUGAACUUUCAUCUGUGGAGUGCUUGAGGCUGAGAGGUUUAAGCCCAAUUUUUGGGGAAAACAAUUUCCUUCUAGAAAGAAAGGUUAAGCACGAAAGUAUCUAAGGUAUAAAAUGACAAAAAGUCCAAUUUCAUUUUCCUGAAGUGUGAACUUUUUAAUAGUGGGAUUCUUGCGGAACACAAACAAGAAAGUAAAUCUGAAUCUUCUACCAAAUUCCAAAACCCUAACACUGAUGUAUAAUUCUAAAAACAGAAAAUCACAGCUAGAGGUCAUUUUAGAUACAAUGGUUGGGUAACAGUUUCUCAGACCAAUAGUUGCUGUUUUCUCUUGUCUAUGGGUUUUAAAAGACAAAUCCUGUACUUUUAAUGUUUUUUUGUACAUAAUUGAUGUUUGUUGUAUUUUAUCCACCAGGAACAGCUUUGCAAUAAUCAAGAAGUGUGUUUCUGGGGACCAGUAGUCCCAGAGGCACAAUUUAUUUUUGUAAAAUGUGGACUAGCAUAGCGGAUGUACCAACAACACCCCCCCCCCCCCCCCCCCCCC